CUGAGAUGAGAGACACGACUCCUGAGAUGAAAAGCAUUGACGGAAAGUAGGAAAAAGUGACAAGUAGCUGAAGGUCUUGUCUCCUCAUGACUUCAAUUAGGACUCUGAUUCUCUGCCACUUAAAUUAAGAACCAGAAGAAAGCUGUUCUGGUUUGUUGAACACUUACUCGAUUAAGCGGCGAGGUGGCACUCUCUCGAAUCCUUGCCGAGUCGACACAUUUGGUUCAAAUGGCAAGGAAGCCAAAGAAACCAUCUUUUUUCAAGAUUCUCGCUGGUGACUUCUCUCAGGGUCUGCGUAUACCACCUGCGUUUAUUAGGAAGAACUUCAAUGGACGAUCACUUUGCAAAUGUGAUCUCAAAGGCCCUAGUGGAAUACGGAGGACUGUGGGAUUGGAAGAGAGGGAGAAUGGCUUGUUCUUCCGCAAUGGUUGGCAGGGUUUUGUGAAGGAUCAUCGUUUAGAAGCUGCUGAUGUUUUGGUUUUUGAUUAUGAUGGUGAAACUAAGUUUGAUGUCAAAAUCUAUGAUAGAAGUGCGUGUGAAAAAGAUGUCGGAGCAGCCGUGAGGAAUACACAAAAUCAAGCUAGAGUAAAAGAUGAAACUGGUGAUCUUGACACUGAAAACUAUAACGAAGUGCGCAAAAUCAGACCGACUGGCAGAAGCAAUUACUUCAUUUCUGGGAAGAGGCAUUAUCAUGUGGAAGAUACAGCAACCGGAUCCAUCUUGUUGAAAUUAGAGAAUCAAUGUUUUCUAGCGUUUUCAAACAAGAAACAUUUACUACGUUGCGUGAGGAUUCCGAAGCAACUAGCUGUAGAUCAUCGCCUUAUGUCUAAGAAUGCUGUAACUCUUCAAGAUCCAGCUGGGAGAUCAUGGGUUAUUCAACUCAGACUCAGAAGGGUUAUUUCAUCUCAUCAGUUGGACAUGUCAACAGGUUGGGUGCAUUGUGUGAAAGCGAACCGGAUUUCGCCGGGAGACACCAUGAUUUUUGAGUUUGUGAAGCAAGGUUUGAUGAAAGUUCAUAUUUUUAGAAAAGGAGCAGUGAGAGGCGAUAAGUGUCGUCUGGUGCUUGCUGGCCCUAAUGUUAAAGCCGAAAGCUAGUUGCUCCCAGAGUUUCACAUCACAAAUUUACCAUCCUUUUGUAAAAAUGUUGUGACUGCAGUAUAAUUAGCUUAUCUAUUUUGGUUAAACAAUGAUCUUAUUUAAUUUAAGAGUAAACUUUAUAUAAGUCUCAUUUUGUAAGUCAUUAUUGGAUUUAGUCCACUUUCUUUGUAAAGUCCGUUCAUUGAUUAUUCACGUCAA